AUGGGUUACUUUUUCAUGACACUCGCUUACCAGCUUGCAAGCAAUUUUCCUAGCAUCCAGGAGGAUAUGGAGGAGCUUUUUCUCCAACCUCUCUGGAUCCUUCAUCACAGAUUGUCACAGUGUCCACCUUCGGUGUUUGUUGUUGAUGCCCUUGAUGAAUGCAUAUCCCCCACCGAGCUUGCCGACCUCAUCUCCCUGCUUGGCCAAGCUCUUCGUGAACCUAAUCUGCCUGUCAUCCACAUUCUGCUCACGAGUUGCUUGGAAGAGCACAUCCAUAAAGCCAUGCAGAAUGAAGGCAUGCACUCACUGGUCUGCAAGAUACCAGCGAAUACUUCUGGGGCUAGCAUUGCUGUUACCAUCUCACUGGAUGAUGCAGAUGUUGACAAUGUCAUCUAUAUCUACUUGGAGCAUUCCUUCAGAAAGCUACAAAGCCACCAUCCCGAUUUCCCACAGCUGCCAAGGUGUCAACUUGCACGGCUGGCAAAAUGA